AUGCCGUCCUCCAACAUCCCCGUGAUCAUCGGCGUUGGCGACAUCAAGAACCGCUCAACUGCCGUCACGGACGCGAAAGAGCCCGCAACAUUGAUGCUUGAAGCCAUUCAAAAGGCCAUCAGCGACACUUCGUCUACUUCGAAUACCAAUCUCCAGUCAGCGAUCGACAGCGUCGAUGUCGUCAAGACAUGGACUUGGCCAUACCCGGAUCUGCCAGGGCUUCUGGCAGAGAAGCUGGGGAUUGAACAGAAACUAAAGUGGAAAAGAUAUUCCGAGCAUGGAGGUGACAAGCCAGGGAAGCUCCUCGACGAAGCGGCGAAAAGGAUUGCGAAAGGCGAAUGUAAAGUCGCGAUUGUAACUGGGGGUGAGGCGUUAGCUUCGUUAUCAGCAUGCGCAGCUGCAAAGAAGCUUCCUCCGCCAGGCUGGACAGCGCCGUCUGAAGCCGUAGAUUCGGUCUUCACUCCAACAGGCCGUGACCUAGGAAAUAGUGCAGUGUCCUCUCUUUGGCAAACACUCUCCUCUACUGACUCUUGCGAAGACCUUGGCGCUAUUCAUAGGAUUGGUGCACCAAUACAUGUUUAUCCACUUUACGAGAACGCAUUCCGUGCGCAUCGCGGCCAGACACCAAACGCAAACCACCAAGAGAGCGCAAAGUUGUAUGCCGAGUUCUCCGAAGUUGCGAAGAAUAAUGAAUAUGCAUGGAAUUACGGAAGUUCAAGUAGUGAAGAAGAGAUUGGGACGGUUGGGAAAAGGAACAGAAUGAUAUGUCAUCCUUAUCCCCUGCUUAUGAAUGCUUUCAACACGGUCAACCUCGCCUCUGCCAUUAUUCUUACUUCAACUUCUUUCGCCAAAGAACUAGGGGUAUCAGAGUCAAAAUGGAUAUAUCCACUUGGUGGCGCAGGAACGAAGGAUGCGGACGAGUUCUGGAAAAGACCGAACUUCUACUCCUCGCCUAGCAUUGCGCGUUCUAUUGAUGCAAGCUUGAAGGUUUCUGGCGUAAGCAAGGAAGAGAUGGAUAUCGUUGACAUCUACUCGUGUUUUCCGAUCGUUCCUAAAAUUGCCGCGCAGCAUCUAGGGCUACCUGUUGUUGGUGGUGACAAACCAUUGACGAUACUUGGCGGUCUGACGUCGUUUGGUGGAGCUGGCAACAACUAUUCAAUGCACGCGCUCACUGAGAUGACAAGACAGCUAAGAAACGGUAAAGGCCGCAGGGGAUUGGUGCUCUGCAAUGGCGGUGUUCUGAGCUAUCAGUACGUCGUGAUCUUAUCGAAAGAGCCCAGGAAAGAAGGAGCUUAUCCCACAGAGAACCCGCUUCCACCACAGAUCACCGAUGUUCCUGCGCCAGAGCUUGCCUCUAAUGCAGAGGGUGAGGCUGUCGUCGAGACGUAUACCGUAGAGUUCAAUCGCGACGGCAGUCCGCUUCGAGGCCACAUUAUCGGUCGCUUGAAGAACAGUAACAAACGCUUCCUUGCGAAUCAUGGAGACGAUACCACAAUGCUACAGAUGUCUAGCGGGGCAGGAGAAGUUGUUGGUAAAAGUGGAUGGGCGUGGCAAGAUCCGGAAAAGAAAGGAAGGUCGCUCUUUGCAUUCGCAAAACCAGCAAAGCUGUAA